AUGCACAAGUCGUCGUCGUCGCGGACAUCGGUGCAACACAACAAGCCCGUCAAGGUGACAUCAUCGACCUCUCGCGAGGAAGUGCGGAAACGCCCACAAGACAUGCGCGCCGAGGUGGAGGGCGUCAUUCACGUGCUCGAUGGUGGCAUCAACCGAACGCCGCUGCCCCUGCAGCAGCGACAGAGCCUUCUCGGUGGAGUGCCGCAUGAAUUGCAGCUGCUAAGCAGCGGCGGCACCGCUGGAAGUCGCCCGGAGACGACUCAGGAGGCCGGCAGCACGGUGAACCUCAUGUGCGGUGAGUUGGGCAGCUCUUUCAUGCAUUCGUCUUUCAUGUUCACGAGCAGACGCAGCAGCAUGAAACCGGACUCAAUGACGGUGAGCACCCAAAUCCAGAGCAAGGGGAGCAGCGAGGCUGGUGACCACGGCAGCGGCGUCGGCCGACGCACCAUUGGGGGCGACAUCCGCAGCCUUGAUUCAAGCCUUCAGUCGCUUUCCUUCGCCUGUGACCACCGCAUCUCGGAUCGCUUGUUUUCCGGGUACGACUCCCCGUCGAUGCGCAGGCGCAGUAUCGCUUUCGCUGGCAACGCCGCCGAUGCACCGCUCCCCAGACUCGCCCAGCGCAACACGCUGCUAGAGGAGGCCACCUACGUCCCCCCUGCGCCGCUGACAGCAACUGAGAAGGCGGCAUGGCGCAAGGCAACCACCACCGUCAUCCUCACCGAGACCCCGACCAUCUUCCUCUACGCUCAUCAGGACGAGGCCGUGUCAAACGAGCACGCCGACAAGGUCACCGCCGUCGUGGCACGUAACAGCGAGUAUGCGGCCGUUGAGGAGACGUACCGCACCGACGAGGGCACGCAGUUCCACAGCACCGGCGCCAUCACCAUGCGCGCGCCGAUGAAGUCGGUGCAGACCGAAGUGCACCCGCCGGCGAGGAAGGACAGCGGGGCUCUGCAGGUAACCCCAUGGAUGCUGAAGGAUGCGUACGUGGCGGCGCUGGAGGCGGCAGAGGACGCCGAGGAGGAUACCCAGGAGGAGCGACAGCAGCAGGCGGGUGACGCAGCUACCGACGCGGUUGGUGGCGGUGCCGGCGCGAAUGUUGAGGACGCCCUGCAUGACGGAGAUAACAUCGACGGCGACGGCAGCCUAGACGACGAUAACCAGAGCAGCGACAACGGGCAGUCCACCUUGAUGUCGUCGGAAACAGUGACGCAUACAAUGAGCAGCGAUGGGGGCAUGGCGAGCAGUGCUAAAGUCCCUUCUGGGGCCUCCGCCACGACUGCUGGUGUGCCGGCGGGCAGGCAGUGGAUGCUGGCCGAGACGUUGCUUUCCACGCUGCGCAUCAUGGAGCGUGCGGUGGUGCAGAACAACAUGGAGGCGGUGCAGCUUGCCUAUCGAGGUAUCGCAGUGGAGACCUGCGGCCAAGGUACGGGGACGGAUGCGGCGAACGGAGCGGCCAUUCCCGCUUCUGCCGUCAACGCUUCUACCCCCGCAGCUGCGAUGCGGGCGCUAACGGCGGUACCGGGGCCGCUGCCAGCGGCUAUCAGCGUGCACCCCACCCCUCUGCCAGAUGUCCCGGCCGACGGCCCCGCCGCGACUUCACGGGCGGGUGGAGACGCAGCAGCGACGGUGGACGGGAAGUCGGCUGGGCGGGUGGUUGGCACGGAGAGUACACAACCGGAUGCUGCGGCGAAGCUCACACCAUCGGCAGCCGCGGCCUCCAUCGACGCCCCGCCGGUGCGACUCAGCGAGGGGAUUCGCCUUCUCUGGCGCUUCGGCUCGCCGCAGCUUACGCACGGUCGCGGUGUGGCGUGCAUGACGUGGAACCGGCGUGAGAGCGACAUGCUGGCGGUGGGUUAUACCGCGCGCCGGCGAUUGUUGCCGCAGGGCGACGCCGGCAACAGGGCGAGCGAUAGCCCAUGGGACAUGGCAUACAAGCGAGCUCAGGGCCAGGAGGCGCACGGGAUGGUGUGCUGCUGGUCACUCAAGAACCCACUGGCUCCGGAGCUCGUCCUGUACCUGCGUGGCGAAGCUGACGUCACGGCCCUCGCCUUUUCCUUUGAGCACCCGAGCCUGCUUGCCGUCGGCAGCAGCACUGGCGAAAUUGUCGUCUACGACAUCCAGCACGACGUCUUGCUCCCUUCUAUCGCUGCCGCCAUCGUCGGCGCGACCGGCGGCCAGCACACCGGCUCUAUCUGGGAGCUGCAGUGGGUGCCGAAGGGAAAGGAGCAUGGUGAGUUCCUCACCUCCAUCUCUGCCGACGGCCGCGUCGUGCAAUGGGCGGUGGGCAAGUCGAUCGAGCGCGUCCCACCGGAUCUCAUGCACCUGCAGCGCCAGCCGGGGAUGCAGGUAGAGAAAGCCUUUGUUGCUGGUGUCGCGGAGGCAGAGGCGGCUGCGGCAGUGUCGGCCGAGUCCGCGGUGGGCGGCAAAGGCGGUAAGAAGGCGCCGCACCGAAAGCCGACUCAGAAGAGCGGUGCCAGGACCGCGACUACCCGAAGCGCCGGUGACGGCGGUGCUGCGGAGGAGACGAUCCUGUCUCGGCAAUGCGGGGGCAUGUGCUUCGAUAUCUGCCCUUCGGACACGGCGGUGUACAUCGUCGGUACCGAGGACGGAUCCGUCCUGCAGUGUAGCAAGAGCCAGACGGAGAACUACGACUUCGAGUACGAGUCGCACGCGGAGCUGGUGUACCGCGUUCGGUGGUCGCCCUACAGCGCGGCAUACUUCCUCACCUGCUCGGCGGACUGGACGUCGCGUCUGUACAAGGUCGGCACGAGAAAGGCACAGCUGCGCUUUCACAGCGUCCGGCAAGACGCCGUACAGGACGUGGCGUGGUCGCACACAAACGCUCUCACCUUUGCCACGGUGACGGCGCAGGGCAACGCCGAGGUGUGGACGGUCAUGGAUGCCAUGCACCCCCACGCCAAUGUCGAGUAUCGCGACCAUCGCCGUCUCAGCGCUGUCGUUUUCGCAGAGCAGGAGACACCGGUGCUCGUCGUUGGUGACGAGGAGGGAGACGUGACGGUGUUCCGGCUAGACGGCUCAUUGUACAGGCGCGGGGACGUCACAGAUGACGAGCAGGAGGCGUGGCUGAAAGAGGCGGUCCGGAAGCAGCUUACCUAA